UAUACAAGUAAUUUUUUUUGUUUAGUAACAAUUAUUUAUUAUGUUGCCUACACGAUUAAUACAUUUUUUUGUACUAAUAUGUCUUACUAACAGUUCUAAUAAAUUUAAAACAACAUACAUUGAAGAUUAUGAUGCUGAAUUUAAUAGAAUUAUUAGAUCUGAUGGAUGGAAAAAAAUAACUAGUGUUUACUUUCAAUCUCCAUAUGGUAGUAAGAUAUCAGUCAAUAAAGGAUUUGAAGAUAAUCCUAUUAUUGUUAAGAAAGAUGCUGCAUUGAUAUUAAGUAAAGUUUAUGAAAAACUAGUAGGUUAUUUCAAUUGUAAUUUUAGAUGGAUGACAUUUGGAUAUAAUCAUCAGCCAAAUGACGCAUUUAAACUUCAACAUUAUUUAAAAUUAGUCGCAGCUAUUCUUCAGUUUGAACCAUUAAUAAGUUGUAUGGCUAGAGCAUUAAAAUAUUUAAAUUGUGAUGAUAAGAAUAAAGUUCUCAAUAAUCUUAAUAAAUCACUAGAUAUUAUAGAAGAGAUAAAAAUAAUUGACAAAAAAGAAAGAAGUUAUGAAUCAAUGAAUAAUAUUUUUGUAAAAUAUUUUGAUAUUGUUAACACACCUGUAAUACAGAAAUUCGACGCCAUUGUUUCACCUAAACCAGAAAAUUUCAUCGACAAGUAUAUUGAAGAAAUAAACAAACUUGAAAAAAAAUGUGUUGACAUAUUAUCAUUUAAUCCGUAUCACCCAUCAUUUCAAGAUAAAGUUGAAGAAGGUGUUACCAUGUUUUGCGUAAAUUUUGGAUUUAAAGAUUAGGUAGUAAAAUAAAUAUCUGGUUUUCUUUACUUUAUACUCAAAAAAAAAAAACAUUCUUUAAACUGUAAUAUCUAAUGUAUUUGUAAUCUAAAAUAUUACUAAGAUUCAAUUAUUAGAAGUAAAAUUCUAAGUAUUUUCUUUUAUAUAUUAAUGUAAUAUUAUAUUAUAUAAAUUAUAAUAAUGUAUAUAAAUUGUUUUUCAGAGACGUUUAUUUUAAAUAUUUUUAUUAUUAUUUUUUUUUAACUCUCAAUUACAAACGCCUCUUAUUAUUUUUGACAGUGGAGCAAUUAGAAAUUUUGUAUGGGGAGUCCAGAUAACUUUUAGAACGUAGAGUAGGGGGAAAAUUCAACCUUCCACAACUCCCCACUAUUAUGACUUUAUGUCCAUGAGGUCCGGACCCGGAAACUUCUCUUUGGUUGUGUCACUGAUUUAUAAUUUAAUGUAACGACUAAUGCAAGAUUUCUGUUAUAUUAAUGUUUUAAAAAUUAGUCAAUUGUAAAAUAAAUUUUACAAAAUAAAACCUAAUCAAACUAGA